GCUCAUGUCACGUGUUGUGAUUUGAUUACGUUGUCUGUAUUUGAUUUUUAAGGCAUUUUAAUUUGUCCAUUAUUGGCAGUUUGUGUCCUCCAUACAUUUCCCUCCUCGGGGCGGUCACCAUCUUGUUCUGUCUGAACUCUUUGAUUCGGUCUGUUGGUGACGUCAGACAAAGAGUAAAUCUGGUCUGUUAUUGGCAGAUUUCCUGAAAAGAGGCGGGAGCAGAGUUUGUAGUGAGCGCUGAUUGGCCGGCGGGUCCGUCGGUCAGUGCUCGUGCGUGUGGCGUCUGUGGGUCAGGUUGAUGGAGCGCUGUGGAGGAGAAACACGGUGAAGGUGCUGCGAGCAGCGGAAACUUUUCUGUGUCCCUCCGCUUCGUGUUUUUCCUUCGUCCCGCCUUUUUCGGCUCUUUUUCACUCACUUUACUUUCUUUUUUCAAACUUCACGGCGGUUUCUCCAGUUUACGGUCCCAGUGGUGUCUCCCUGGCAACACGAUCAACUGUCCUGCGAAGUUUGGGUCGGUGUUUUUACCUUCAGCGGAAAAAAGCUGCUCGUUCACGCGCUGAGCUAACGGAACCGAGCCGGGACCGACGGGAGCGCGAGCAGAGGCUCUCCCGGUACUUUUUUGGUUCCGUUUCCGUUCGUGUGGCUCGGACCGGCUCUUAGUCGCGAGACAAUAGUGAGGGAGAGAAAGAGAGAGGGAGCUCGCGCUGGUGGCGGGGAGGGGUGUCGAUGCCUCGCGGCGCUUUGUUCUAUCCGCUGUGGAGACCUCCCGCGUGCCCGCCGCGGAUACCCGCCGAUCGAUCGGAGUAUUGAUGACCGAGCAGAGCCAUGGACGUCACCUUGUCCGAGCUGCUGGGCGCGUUCAUGGAGUCCCCCCUGGUGGUGUGGGUGCGGACGCUGGGCCCGCUGGGGUCAGGUGACGACGCCGGCUCAGACGAGCGACUCAGCAUGUUCAUGGAGCUGGUGGACGGCGUCUUCCUGCACAAGAUCAUGACACACAUCGACCCGAGCCCCACCAAUCAGAGGCUGAACAAGAACGUGAACAAUGAUGUGUCGCUGCGCCUUCACAACCUGACAGUCCUCACCAGACACAUCAGGACGUACUACCAGGACACGCUGCAGCAGCUGAUCGUCAUGCCGCUGCCCAACAUCCUCUGCAUCGCCAAGGACCCGAUAUCAGCAAAGAGCAUGGAGGAACUGAAGAGGCUUUUGUUGCUGAUUCUGGGCUGUGCUGUGCAGUGUGAGCGUAAGGAGGAGAUGAUCGAGAAGAUCAAGCUGCUGGACAUUCAGACUCAGGCUGCCAUCGUGUCUCACAUCCAGGAGGUGACCCACAACCAGCUGAAUGUUCUGGACCUGUCCUGGCUGGAGGAAGGAGCAGAGAUCAUCCACGAGGAGCUCGAGCCUCUGUCCCGCAACAUGGCGGCGUCCCUGCGGCAGCUCAUCGACCAGCGAGACAAAGCCAGCGAGGUGAUUGUGGACCUGACCCAGGAGAGGGACUACCUGUCCAGUCAGCAACCCCAGGACGGGUGCAGGGUCCCGGGCACGAUCGGCCCGGAGCAUGGGCGGAGCUCCGCAGGGGCGGGAGUGAAUAAUGGCGGCUCGGCCGGGGCGGCGCUAUCCAAGGAAGAGAAGCAGCAUCUGUCCGUGGAGCUCGCCGACACCAAAGCCAAGCUCCGCAGAUACAGACAGGAGCUGGAGGAGAAGACGGAGCAGCUGAUGGAUUCGAGGCAUGAAGUGCAGCGUUUGGAUCAGGAGCUGCAGAGACUGAAACAAGAGAACCAGUCUCUGUCUGUCGAGGCGCGCUCCGCCCGGGUGUACCGGGACGAGGUGGACUCCAUGCGGGAACGAGCCGCACGCGUCGACCGCCUGGAGACCGAACUGAGCAGAUGCAAAGAGAAGCUCAACGACGUUCACUUCUACAAAACCCGAGUGGAGGAGCUCCGGGAGGACAACCUGACCCUGCUGGAGACGAAGGUGUUGUUGGAGGAGCAGCUGUCGGCCUCACGGGGGCGCUGUGACAAACUGCACACGCUGGAGAAAGACAACCUGCUACUGCGGUCAAAGAUCCACGACCUGGAGAUGGAGCGGGACAGCGAGCGGCGACGGCUGGAGGAGCUGGUGGAGGAGAACAUGCUGCUGGAGAUCGGACAGAAGCAGAGCAUGAACGAGUCGGCUCACCUGGGCUGGGAGCUGGAGCAGCUCACCAAGAACCACGACAACACCAACACCGAGACCCGCAAGUCUCUGGUCGACGAGCUGAACGAGUGCGUCUCCAGCCGCAUGCUGAAGCUGGAGAAGGAGAACCGGGAGCUGCAGGCGUCCAUAGAGAGGCUGAAGGAGGAGAACCACCUCCUGCAGGAGCAGCAGCUCCACACGCAGGAGCUGGACCGGGAGAACCAGAGUCUCAGCAACAAGCUGGAGCGUCUCCAGGGUUUACUGGACCAGGAGAAAAUAACCAAUCAGGACAUGGAGGCUCUGGGGGAGGAGCUACUGAAGGAGAAACAGAGUCUGGAGCGCGAGAUGCACGUUCUGAAGGCGGAGAAGGACCGACAGAUCUCAGAGCUGGAGAGCGAGAAGCAGCACCUGUCGGAGGCAGUGGCGUCCCUUCAGGAGCGCGCACAGUCUAACAGCGUGGCGAGGGUCCGCGAGGUGGAAUCAGAGAACCGCCUGCUGCACCAGAGCAUCACCGACACCAGCUCCCGAUUGGCCAGCCUGGAAACGCAGCUCAAAGUAUCCAAUGAGGAGGCAGAGAGGCUGAGGGAGCGGGCGGGGCGGUGUGAGGAGGCGGAGCGAGAGGUGGCGCGGCUGGAGAGGAGCCGGGAGGCGCUCAGCAGAGAGGUGGCGUCUCUGCGGGCGUGCAGCGAGCGCUCCGAGGCUCUGGAGAAACAGGUGACCUCCUUGGAGCAGGAGGUGCACAGGCUGAAGCGGGAGGCGGAGGAGAGCCAGCGGGAGCUGCAGCGGCUGACGAAGCAGGAGGGAGAAAACGGACUGCUGUCCAAGGAGAACCUGGAGCUCCGCUGCUCCCUGGAGAGCCUGCGCUCCUCAUCCACCCGCCUCACCACUGUGCAAGAGGAGCUCCAGGAGGCGCAGAGGGAGAUACAGGAGCUGCAGAGGAGGCUGGAUCAAGCUGGGGAAGAGACGCAGGGAGAGAGGAAGAGAGUGGAGAGGCUGGAGGUGAACCUGGCAGCUCUGAACCAGGAGAAGCAUCACAUAGAGGAGGAGAUGGAGAAGAGCAAAGAGGAGAGGGUGGAGGAAGAAAGGAGGCGGCAGGAGGCAGAAAGCAGAGAGGAGGACCUGAAGAGGGAGGUGGAGGAGCUGAAGGAGGAGCGGAGGAGGCGAGUGGAAGGAGACGAGGAGAGGAAGAAGCUCCAGCUGGACCUGGAGCAGUCGGAGAAGGGCCGGAAGCAGCUGGAGAAGGAGAGCUGGAGGAUGAGGACGCUCCUGGAGGGGAAGGAGACGGAGCUGGAGGAGAAAACCAGGAGGCUCACUGAGGUCACGAAGGAGGGAGGAGCUCUCAAGAAGGAGGUGGAGCGAAUGAAGGAGGCGGCGGUGAAAGCAAAGGAGGUGGAGCGAGAGAACAAGGAGCUUCAGAAACAAGCGACGAUCGACAAGAGGACGCUGGCCACGCUGAGAGAGGAGCUGGUGUCGGAGAAGCUGAGCGUUCAGCAGCAGAAGGUCGAGCUGGAGCGACUGAACGAAGAGCUGGAGAAGAUCGGACUGAACCGGGAGAAGCUGCUGCAGCAGGAGCACACGCUGGAGCACAGCAGGUACAGGCUGCUGGAGUCUCGGCUGGAGGAAACCGUCCAGCAGACCAUGAAGGUCAAGGAGGAGAAAAUCUCCAGCCUGGAAAAGAAGCUGGAAGAAAGCGGCGCCCUCAACAAGACGCUCCACGCGGAGCUGGAAGCUGCUCGUCAGACGGCGUCCGCCUCGCAUCAGCAGCACGAGGAAGUAAACCACAACUCCCAGCAGCACCUGGCGGCUGACCGCAGCGCCACGGCCGAACUGCUGCGAAUCAAAGAUCACCUGAUCGACGUGGAGAAGAACAACGCCUCCCUGCAGACGGAGAGCAGUCUGCUGAAGGAGCAGCUGAAGCAGCUGGAGAACCAGAACACUUCCCUCAACAACCAGAUGGCGGCGCUGCAGCGGCACACCACCACGCUGCAGGAGCAGAACUCGGCGUUGCACACGCAGACGGCGAAGCUGCAGGUGGAGAACUCCACCCUCUCCUCUCAGAGCGCCUCUCUCAUGGCCCAGAAUGCCGUGCUGCAAGGCCAGGUGACCGCCCUGGAGACGGAGGUGGAGUCGUGGCAGCGGCAGCGCGAGGAGGCGUGGCGAGCCAGAGAGGGCGUGCUCAGCGAUCACGAGCGCCUGCUGAGCGUUCACGAGAGGCAGGCUCACGAGUACGAACAGCUGAUCAGUCAGCACGCGGCGCUGAAGGGCAAACAGAGGGCGCUGGAGAGCGAGCACAGGACGCUGCACGGCAAGUACUGUGCACUGCUGCAGCAGAAGGAUGAAUUGGAGGCGCGUGAGGGGCGUGGCCUGAAAGAGAAGGAGGAGCUAAACCUGGAGUUCCAGAAGAACCGCCUCCUGCAGCAGGAAAACCUCCAGCUGAAAACAGAUGUGGACAGACUCUCCGAGAGCCAAUCACAGCAGGCGGAGCAGAGCAAGGGACUCCAGCAGCGACUCAAUGAACUCAAGAGCUCUUUAAGCUCCGCCCAGCUGGAAGUGAGUCAGUGGAUGGCGCGAUACGAUUCGCUGAUGGAGCAGCACCAGACGCUGGAUCUCGCCAUGACUAAACUAGACAACCACUGUGAGCUCCUGAGUCGCCUCAAAGGGAACCUGGAGGAGGAGAACCACCACCUGCUGAGCCAGAUCAACCUGCUGAGUCAGCAGAACCACACACUGCUGGAGAGGAGCAUGGAGAGCAAGGAGCUGUACCACCAGGAGCAGAAGCUCUACAUUGAUAAGCUGAACGCUCUCCGUCGUCAGAAGGAGAAACUGGAGGAGAAGAUCAUGGACCAGUACAAGUUCUACGACCCCACGCCUAAAAAGAGGAGUCAGUGGGCCGGAGCCAAAGCUUUAGUCAAACUCAUCAAACCCCGAAAGGAGAGCAGCCGGGAGAGGGGGGCCGAGAGGGAGCGGACUAAGAGCGCCCCGGACAUCCCUCUACCUGCCACGCCCCCCUCCUGCCCCCCGAGACCCCGCCCCCUCCACCCCAGAGGACCCUCAGUGACUCGCAGGACGGCGGCCAUAACAGCCCGGGCCCCAGAGUCCAGCUGUGACCCCCAUCAGCCGAGCUCCUCCUCCAAAACGCUUCAAAUUUCUCCGCAGUAAAAGUCAGGACAAGAUCCUCCCCUCUUCCUCCUCCUCCUUGUCGCCGUCCUCAUCCUCCCCAUCACCCGCCGCUCCUCCCUCUCUCUCACCAGACGACUGCGAUUUUGGUCCUCCGCCGACCUCACAGCUGACCUCAUCGCUAGCCAGCCAAUCCUAGCCAACGGAGAUUUCUAACAUCCUCAUCCUCAUCCUCAUCCUUUGUGCCCACUGACACCAUCCUCAUCAUCACAGUCAUCAGUGUGACAGACACACACACACACACCUCUGACACUAAAACAUUAAAGACAACUUCGAGCAGCCCCGUGUUUCUGGACAGUGUUAUAGCUUGGCGGACAGGGGCCGGGGCGUUUAUCACAGCAGCACGCCAGGAGGAAGCAGCGAAAGCGUCAACGGAGAAGAUGCACAGGGACCAGGUACCA